ACCCCCAUAAACUCCAAAUCUUGAAUUAUCUCCAUUAAUGGCUACCCAUACUCUUCUUCAUACCCAUUUUUCAAACAUUCAACACCCAUUUUCCACCACCACAGCUCUUCUCAUACAUGGGACAACCCAGUAGCAGUAGUAUCAUCUUUUUCAUCGUUAUCAUCCUCCUCCUUUUCAAUACAAUCCCUUCUUGUUUCUCUGGUCCAAUUAAAACAGAAUUCAUCUACCCAAAUUUCACUACUUCAAAUUUCUUAUUUGUUGAUAAUUCUGGUGGUACUUUCUUAACAUCACGUAAUGGAACAUAUAAAGCUUCCAUCUUUAAUCCAGGUACUGAUGAACACAAAAAAUUCUAUUUCUCUGUUAUACAUGUUUCUUCACAUACUAUCAUUUGGUCAGCUAAUAGAAACACCCCCAUGUCAGAUUCUGAUGAGUUAAACUUAACUAGUAAUGGAAUUACAAUCCUGGGGUCUAAUCAGAAUUUCAUAUGGUCUACUCCAUCAUUGAAGUCUUCUGUGUAUGCUCUACAGCUUAAAGAGAAUGGUAAUUUGGUUUUACUUGAUAAACUUAAUGUUUCUUUAUGGGAAAGUUUUGAUUAUGCUACGGAUACGGUUGUUGUUGGACAAAAACUUAAACUUGGGGAUGGGUUAAUUAGUUCUAAAUCAGAUAAAGAUUUAUCUAGUGGUGAUUACAAAUUUUAUGUUGCUAAAGAUGAUGGAUAUCUCCAAUGGAAUGGAUUGAAUUAUUGGAAAUUAACAAUGUAUUCGGCGGGUUUCAAAGAUAAGAAUGCUCCGGUAAGUUAUAUGGUAUUGAAUUCAACUGGUCUUUAUUUAAUGAAUGAUGGGUUGGUUGUUGUGAUUAGAGUGCCUUUACCAAGUAAAUCGGAUGUUCGUAUUGUUAAGUUGGAGAGUAAUGGGAGAUUUAUGGUGAGUAGUUAUUCUGAUACUACGAAAGAAUGGAAUCGAGAACGCAUUGGACCAGAAAAUGAUUGUCAAAUUCCAAAUUUCUGUGGUAGAAUGGGAGUGUGUGUUGGAUCGACUUCGUCUGCUUGUGCAUGUCCUUCAAAUUUUCAUACUGAUCCGAACUCAAAAGGCUGUGAACCGGUUGGUUCAAAUUCCUUGCUUCCUUCUGCUUGCAACUCUACUACUACUACUACUAAUGGUGCACAGAUUAAUUUGUCAGAAAUGAAGUAUGCCAAAUUGAGUCCUCGUUUGGAUUAUUACGUAAAUCAAUUUUUGAGUCCUGAUAAGUUCGGUGUUGAGUUAUCUGUUUGCGAAGAUCUUUGUUCUAAGAACUGUUCUUGCUUAGGAUUUUUCUUUGCGAAUACUUCUGGUACAUGUUAUUUGAUCAGGAAUCAAUUAGGGUCUAUGUUAUCCAUCGAUGAACCAAAUGAUAAAUUGGGUUACAUUAAAAUGAUAGUGGAAAAACGUAAUGGAGAUGGAAACGGUGAUGGUUAUGACGACGGAGGAAGACAUAUUUCUAUAGCUCCUAUAGUACUACUUCCUUCAACUGCCGUGCUUCUAGUGUUCUUAUUCUUGGUUGCUGUGAUAUUAUAUAGAAGAAGAAGAAGAAAAAAGAGGCUUAGUGUAAUCAAGUCAAUAAAAUUGGGUCGAUUCGAUUCAAGUGCUUUGAUGGAGUUCGAUUUUAGCUCCAUACCAGGAUUACCUGUGAGGUAUGAUUACUCUGAACUGGAAGCCGCAACUGAGAAAUUCAGUACACAGAUUGGUGCUGGUGGUUUUGGAACUGUAUACAAAGGAACACUUCCUGACAAAACUUUGGUUGCAGUGAAGAAGAUCAUCAAUUUAGGUGUUCAAGGAAGGAAAGAAUUUUACACCGAAAUUGCAAUUAUUGGCAAAGUUCAUCAUGUCAACUUAGUGAAACUGAGAGGAUUUUGCGCAGAAGGGCAACAGAAAUUACUCGUGUACGAGUUUAUGAAUCGUAGUUCUUUAGAUCGGACACUCUUUGGUGCAGGACCAGUGUUAGAAUGGCAAGAGAGAUUUGAUAUAGCUUUGGGAACAGCUAGAGGACUUGCUUACUUGCAUAGUGGAUGUGAACACAAGAUUAUACAUUGUGAUAUCAAACCUGAGAAUAUUCUCUUACAUGAUAAUUUUCAAGUGAAGAUAUCUGAUUUCGGGUUGUCAAAACUUCUAAGCCCGGAGCUAUCCAGUCACUUCACUACAAUGAGGGGAACCCGUGGAUAUCUCGCACCUGAAUGGCUAACGAGCUCUGCAAUCUCUGAUAAAACUGAUGUCUACAGCUAUGGCAUGGUAUUGCUGGAAAUUGUUAGCGGUAGGAAAAACUGCUCCAUGAGAUCCCGCAGUCAUUCAACUGAGGAUGGCAAUAGUGAUGGUGGUCAUAGUGGAUCAGGAGGUAAUCUGUAUUUCCCUUUAUUUGCACUGGAAAUGCAUGAAGAGAAAAGGUAUACUGAGAUUGCCGACCCAAAGUUAGAGGGAAGAGUGUCUAGUGAAGAAGUAGAGAAGCUCGUCAAAGUGGCUUUAUGCUGUGUUCAUGAAGAACCAGCCUUGAGACCUACUAUGAUGAAUGUGGUCGGUAUGUUAGAAGGUGGGACGCCUGUAGGCGAACCAAGGCCUGGAUCAUUGAACUUUCUACGUUUCUAUGGACGACGGUUCACUGAAUCUUCUGUUUUAGCAGGAUCUAACAAUGUAUUUACUAUAUAUGAACAAGUAAAUACUGCUAGUCCAUCCACUGCCACAAAUAGUUCAUACCUCUCGUCGCAGCAAAUCUCUGGUCCAAGAUAACAGAAAAGAGACCAGUUUUCACCCCCGGCUUUAAACCAGAGGAUUUGUUGAUUGUUGUGGUUGUGGGACUGUCAUGCUGUGGGUUUGUAGUUCUAAAUGCUACACACCUGUUUACAUGCCUCAUACUAUAUGGUUGAAUUUGUUGGUUUGUUUAACAACCACUUGAUUCACAAGGAGCAAUAAUAAUAGACAAACACACAGGAUAAUAGUAUAGAAUGAAUAGACAGUACUGUAAUGACAUAAUCAGUUUCUUAGGUGUCCAAAAGAUAAGAUCAAAAGCUUGGACAAAGAAACAAGUGUUUGUGCUUCCAUGUUUUUUUUCUUCUAAAAAAUGUCAGGUAGCUAUUUUUCUAAUAUUGUGGCGGCACUCCAAAUAUGGUUGAGUGCAAUUAAGAGGGCUGCUGUCUUGUUUUUCUCCUUAA